CGUAGGCGCCGCUUAAAGGGGCAACGCGGCGGGGCCGCCGCCCUCGCGGCCGGGCGGGCUGCAGCCCGCGGGCGGAGCCGGUGCCCUUUUAAGAGACGGUCGCCCGGUGCCGGUGGUUUUAUUUACAUGGGGGCUCGCGGGCGUCACGUGACUGACAGCGGCGGGGGCUGCGCGCGGAGCAUCCGCGGGGCCAUGGCGGGAACCGGCGACGACGGCUCCUGGGUGGAGCUGCGCUAUUGCCCAGGCUGCCCCGAGCCGGCACCCUCGCCGUUCUCCUGCCACGCUGACGUGGAGCGGAUGCUGCUGGAAGCCCAGCUGGAGACGGAGAGCGGGGACGGGGCCCUGCUCGUGCUGGACGCUCCAGCCUGGGAUGACAGUGGAGCUGGGCAGGCGAGCGAGCAGUCAGGGGAGAGCGAGGUCCUGCCUGCACACAGCCAGCCCCCACCGGGCUGCCCCCACCCCCGGCAGUGGGAUAUCCUGGAGGAAACCAAGCGGAGACAGCGACUCCUGCCAGCGACCCUGGGCUGGGCCUGUACUCGCUGCCCCCGGUACCUGUCUCCAAAGGAAUUUGCCUUUGUGUGCUCCCCCCAGCCUGUGCUGUGGAGCCUGCAGGGAGGUGCAGUGGGGAGGAAGAAGAGACUUUUCAGUUCAGAGCUGCUGCUGCUCUUCAUCCCCUCGCUGCUGCUCAGCCACCUCCUGACCCUGGGGCUGGGGAUCUACAUUGGGAAGCACCUGGCAGCCACCUCGGCCAACCCCCUGUGAGGAGCCCUGUGCUGCCCCGCUCGGUGUGCAGGGGGAGCCCGGCACCCGCACAGCCCGACCGCUCCCAGGCUCCGUGUCUGUGGCACGAGGUGCCGCCUCCCCGUGUACCUCCUGUAGCCCCCGCCUUGGGAGCUGAUCCCCCUCUCCCACGUAGACAGGAACCUGCUGACAGCAGCACCCAGCCACAGGCAGCCCCUGCCCUCCCCAGCCCCUGGUUACAGGUCCAGGUCCCCUGUAACACAGACUGUAAAUAUGACUGAGCCCAUGUCAAUAAAGAGCCCUGUUCCAGCUCAGGGGCCCAGCAGUGA